AUUUAAAAACGAAUAAGCGCUCGAGCUGACGAGGUUGCGAGGAGAAAAUAAGCUUUUUACUUUAUUUUUUUUUAUUUCGGGGUGUUUGUAGUGCGCCCAGUGCCCGAUGGUACCUUUUAUUAGUAUGGUAAUGGGGAAACGCCACUUAAUUACUUUUCAAACCAAGACAUACAAAUGUCUCUCUGGUUACGAAUAAAACUUAAGAUGUAUCUUUUUAAAGAUGUAAUGCUGCUCUGUUUCCCUCUAUAAUUUUUUAAUGUAGAAUUUAGCAUUUUAAAGCUCCAUUAUAACCUACUGCUGUCGUUGUAUUGCCAUCUUUGGUCUGGGUGUUUUUCUUAUUACUGCCAAUAAUUUACUGACGCACACACUGCGUAUUUUUUUCUAUGUCUUAUGAAUUACCUAUGAGUUUUUAUAGGAUGGUGUUUUGAUCUGUUUAAGACAAACCAUAUAUGUCGUAUUUCAAAACAACACUUUUUACAAAGAAGAAUACUCAGGUUUUUUUGUAAUUUACAGAGCACUGAAUCUUUUAUUCGUUAAGUACAAGGAGUUUCUUUCGAUGCGGGUGGUGUCAUAUCAUGUCAUGAGCAAAAUUAAGCGCACAGCUAAAUAUGUAAGAGUAAGGAUACAAGGACAAAUAAGUCAAAAAAUAAGUCUGAAUUAAUAAGAAUUGUAUGUACCAGACCCGGUUUCCUUUCCCGAAGGUUAGGCGACUUUCUUACAUCGAAGAAUAAACGUUUCCGAUCGACACGGCUUUGAUUUCUAAAGUGAAACACCGAAUUUUAGCUCUUGAAGUUUUUAGUGAAUUGCCUGGAAAAUUUCACAAUAAAACAAAUUUACAAUAUAUAUUUCCUGAGUGGAAGCUGCGCUUAGGCCUAACUGUGUAUAAUUUGUACUGUUUAAUUACUUAUAAGUAUCAAAGUUAAUGUUUAAUGAACGGUAUGUCCCAGAUGGCCUGACAUGUUUAAGCGGAGUCCUGCCCGAGUGAAGCCGAAGAUGCACUUCUUCUGGAGUGACGGUGAUACAAAUGUCUCUGCUCUUUAUAUCCACUGCUGAACUUCUUAUUCCUGGAUGAGAUUUGGGUCAUUUUUGGUCUGUCUAAGUAAAGCAAUUGGUCUAAAAGAGGUCAAACCAGAAAACUGACUGCAAAUGCUUUUGGUAAAACACUCUUGCAGCUUAAACUGAGAAACUGGGCUCUUGUGGUCAUGUAGGUCAGUAUUUCUCAAACCAGUCCUUGGGGGCCCCCCAGAUGGGCCACGUUUUUGCUCCCUCCCAACGCUUGGGGAAUUGGGAGGACUGGUUUGAGAAACACUGAUUUUGGUGAUGAUGAUGAUGAUGAUGGCACUCCUGCUGCACCUGUGGGAAGAUCAUCUCGGCCUAUUUGAUCCUUUAUCCACCUGUCUACGCUGCUCGCAUGUGAUUGGUGUAAAGGAACACAUGGCGGCGAGCAGGACCCGAUUUUAGAUUACAGUGAAACCUGAUGAAAAUGAGAGUGCAGGUUUCUGAACAGCUCAGCCGUGCUUUCGGCCGGCCACAGAUAACAUCUCUGCUUGCUGGGGAAGUAGGAGAGCAGACGGCAAUCGCGCUGUAUGUUACUGAUCUCGGCUCAAGAUAAAUGUGGCUGAUGGGCGCAUGGAUUCAUAUAUAAAAUUAAAAAAACACAGCCCCGGUUGACCUACCUUCUGGAAAAAGUGACUUAAAAACCUCUUCCUUUUGACACAGCUCUCACGUUCACCCUGACAGAAGAAGAGCCGACACCAACCACUGAACAUAUGGCGGUAUGUCCGGCCUGGGCCUGGCGUGUCUGGCAGAGUCCCGCGUGUGAAGCAGCAUCAUGCUCCCGACUCUGGACUUCUCCACCCCUGCACAGCACUACAGAUACAUGGCCCAACAGGGCUGCAGCCUGCAGUCUGAGUCGCUGAACCAUCCCGAAGAGAAUGAUGAAACCUUGGGAGAGGAACCCCCUCCCAGUGCUGGUUCUGAGGCCCGUUCCCACCCACAGAGCCUCUCUCCUGUCAGAGGCAGGAUGGCGGAUCGGCACCGGCUAGGCCAGGAGCCCGCUCAGCCCGGAUAUAGGCCAGUCCUGCUUCCCCUGGUCCUUCCUGCCAGCUACAGCCCCCCGACGACGUUUCCCAGUUGUCCGCACCCCACCCUCGACAGUAGGUGCUCUGAUGUCAGAGAUCCCAUCAGCCUGCCCUCCUGCCUGCUCUCCUCAGACUACUCCAGCUACUCGGGCUCCCGGGAAAAGUCGCCGUCCCUGUCCUGUCGAAGCCUGGAGCAGCCGCACUCGCUAAUCUCAAACCCUCCGUGCCCUGGCCCAUACAGUUACCAUCCGCUCCGGUACCCCUGCGGGCCCCUCGGCCCAGCCUACUGCCCCCAGGUUCCUGUGGCUCAUCACCAGGCCUGGCCGGCUUUCAGGCUGCCCUACAGGCCUCCAGGUCCCAACCCUUGCGGGUGUCACAACACGGAUGUCUCACACAGCGUGUACCCACCUCCACAGCCCAGACAGAGGCAGACUGCCCCGGGUGGUCCCCUCUCCAUAGAGCAGCGGAAGGUGUUUGUCACGUACGAGGCUGACAACGACAAGCAUGUUGAAGAGAUAAUCAAGUUUGUGGCUUUAUUGCGACACAAUGGCUUCGACAUGCAUAUUGAUGUGUUUGAGCAGCAGUUCAGAAGCAUCAGCACAAUUGAUUUCAUGGAGAAGUACAUCAGCGAGAAGGACUACUUGAUCAUCAUAGUCAUCAGCCCCAAGUACUACGAGACGGUGACACAUGGCCACGUGAGCAUGGAGGGGGACGAGAGGACCAUGAACACAGUCUACAUCCACAAGCAGUUGCAGAAUGAAUUCAUUCAGAAUGGCAGCCGCAACUUCCGCUUCAUCCCAAUCCUGUUUCCUGGAGCGAAAAAGUGCCACGUGCCCACCUGGCUUCAGAACACCCACGUGUACAGCUGGCCCAAGAACUGCGACGACAUCCUGCGCCGGCUGAUGCGCCUGGAGAAGUACAACCCCCCGCCUAUCGGCGAGCUGCCCACCAUCAUUUCCAUCCCGCUCUGACGCUGCCGCAGAGUCCUGCCUUGACCUUUGCUUUGGAGUGCAUCGCCUCACAGGAAAGUCCCUUGGUGCCCCCAACCCACAGGGGUGAACUUGCGGCUCUCGCCGGGCCCCGAGGCUGGUCCACGUCACGGGUGAGGGGGUACUUCACUUUCAGGCUCGUCACAGGAGUGGUGAUACCUCCACCCACCAAACUGUAAAGUUUUAACUCUCGGUCUCUAUGGCUUUUCCUUCCCUGAUCUUGCUGUACAGAGAAUUAAAGUUCUUUUGAUGCGA